AUGAAUAAUAUUGAAAAAAUAAGUUGCAUGUACCUUAAUGCCACAUCUCUUGACAACAAAUUUGAUGAAUUUAAAUUAGUAGUUGCAACUUACAAUCCUAAAAUUAUUAGCAUUACUGAAACAUGGUUCAAACCUAAUUCUCUCUGCAAUUUGGAGGGUUAUUGUUUAUAUAAAAAAGAUAGAUGUGAUGGUUGUCGAGGUGGAGGUGUAUGUAUUUAUAUUGAUGCUAAAAUUACUUCUUAUGAACUUAACGAUAAUGCAUUUACAUUAAGUCAAAUAGAACAUGUCUGGGCUGUAAUCCAAUUCGGCAAUGAUAAAUAUCUUAUUGGAUGUAUUUAUAGACCUUAUGAUUUCACGGAUAUGACAGAUAUUAAAAACGUAUUUAAAAAUGCAAGAGAAUAUGUUGACCAAAAAGGUUUCAAAGAUCUUAUAAUAGUUGGUGAUUUUAAUUUUCCUGGGAUAAGCUGGUCCAAUGGUUCUAUAAACUCUAUUAAAGGAUCAUCAGAUAUUGAGCAUGUUUUCUAUCAAAUAAUAAAUGACAAUUACCUAUAUCAGCAUAGGGAAAUAAAUUUUUAUAUAGAAAAGCAGAUUAUAAAAAGAAAAGCAGAUAGUAUUAGUAGUUUCCUUACAAGUGUUGAUUGGCUUCAAUGUUUUCAUGCCAAAAAUGUUCAAGAAAUGUAUGAUGAGUUAAUUCAUUACACUGAAGAAGCAUGUAAUUUAUAUGUACCUAUAAACACUUUGUUUGUAAAUUCAUCAUCAAAGAACCCGUGGCUUACCAAAGAAUUAAUCUCACUCAUUAGAGAAAAACGAAACUUAAGAUACAGAAAUUGUUUGAGUAAAUGGAAAAACUCAAAUCUUUGUAAACAAUAUAAAGAAUUAUCAAAAAGAGUUUCAUUUGAAAUUUCCAUAGCAAGACGAAAGUAUGAGUUAAUGAUUGUUGAUAAAGCUAAAAAGAACCCAAAACUAUUAUAUAGAUAUAUGAAUUCACAACAAUAUGUUAAAGACUCUAUAAAAGCUCUGAGACAACCAAACGGUGAAAUAACUCAAGAUUCAGAAAAGAUUGCUGAUCUACUGAACAUAAAUUUUCAAAACGUUUUUGUCAAAGAAAAUAAUAAGCGCACUCCAUUAUUUAAAAAUAGAAUCAAUGAUAACACCUUUAAUCUAUCUUCUGAAGAUAUCCAUUAUGAUGAUGUCCUUGAAAGGCUAAAUAAUCUUGAUCAAAACAAAGCGUAUAGAGUUGACAAGUUACAUCCAUCUAUAUUGAAAAACUGUGCUAUUGCCUUCGCUCUUCCUCUCACAAUAAUUUUUAUGGAAUCAAUAGAAAAAAGUCAACUACCAAAUCAAUUUAAUUCAGCAAAUAUAACUGCACUAUAUAAAAAAGGUGACAAGACUGAUUCUGGAAAUUAUAGACCUAUAUCACUACCUUCGUUCCCCAUCAAAUUCCCCAUCUCAAAACUUAAAGCAUAUGGUGUUAGUGGCUUGGCACUUGAUUGGUUUCGAGCUUUCUUAUCUAAUAGAAGGCAGAGAGUCGUUAUAGGAGAUUAUGUUUCAACUUGGGCUGAGGUGCACAGCGGAGUUCCCCAAGACUCAGUAUUGGGUCCACUACUUUUUAUACUCUAUAUAAAUGAUCUUCCAGAGUCUGAUGACACAAAAAUCAUGUCAAUUAGUUCUUCUGAUGAGUUACAUAAUAAACUACAGUGCGAUUUAAACUCUGCAUAUGCUUGGAAACAAGACUGGCUGCUUAGUUUUAAUAUUGAAAAGUGUCUAGUUAUGCACUAUGGCUAUAAAAAUAAGAGAUAUCCAAUUUAUAUAAAUGUUUGUAAACUCAAUACAUCAGAAAGGGACCUAGGAGUGAUUUUUUCAGAUAACUUGAUGUGGAAAAAUCAAGUAUUAUCGAGUGCAAGCAAAGCUAAUCGCAUGUUGGGCAUAAUAAAAAAAUCUUUUGUUCGAUUUGAUGCUGAACUGCUUAAAUCCCUAUAUCUUUCAUUUGUUCGACCGCUACUUGAGUUUGCUAUACCACUGGAAUUAUACAACUAUAUUUUCAAAGGUUAUGAUAAAGUUGAAUUUAAAGAAAUUUAUUCAUUUAAAUCAAAUUGUACUCAUGGCCAUAGCCUGAAAUAUUCUAAAGAAUUUUCAGUACAUAAGUAUAGAGACAAUAAUUUGCUUAAUCGAGCUGCAAAUUAUUGGAUUGCACUGCCGGAAAAUAUUGUCAGGGCUACUUCAACGAAUUCAUUCAAAGCAAAACUUGAUCGAUGGGAGUCAAACCAUCACGGGAUUCAGCUGUCUUAG